CCGAGGACCAUUGACGAAGAAGAGCUCGAGGACGAGGACGAGGAUGUGGAGGAAGUAAUUCCGGAGAGCCACGACGAGGAGGAGGAGGAGGGUGGCGGCAGCCAUGACGCCGACCAGCCUGCCUCAUCCCAAACAGAUACGGAUCCGCCACAAGACACCUUAGGUCCAAACACCCGGUGGAGUAUGCAAAAAUUAGGCGGCGGAACGGGGAAGCAAACUCAAAUAUCGAGGUUUGCAAAUAACCAACAAGCUUUUGGUAAUUUCUCAUACAAUGAUGCACAAAUUUUGACAGGUAUGGCUAACUUACUUGUUGAAGAAAAUUUGCCUUAUUUGUUUUCUGAAAGUCUUGCUUUUCGUGAUUAUGCACAAACUUGUUUAAAUCCGCAAUAUAGAGGUUAUAGUCGCAAAACGGUUAAGAAAGAAAUUUCAAGGCUUUAUGGUGCGGAAAAGGUAAGGUUCCAAAAUUAUUUUGCAAACUUUGAUGGACGUAUUACUGUAUGUUCUGACAUAUGGGAGGAUACUUAUCAUAAUUUACAUUAUUUGGGUCUGACUGUACAUUAUAUUGAUAAUGAUUGGCAUAUGCAUAAACGUGUUCUUGCUUUCCGUGAAUUUAAUGAUCGUCACACCGCUGAACAUAUUUAUAUUUUGAUUGAGCGUAUUUUAAUUGAGUAUAAUUUAAUUGAUAAGGUGUUUGCUAUUGGUUUUGAUAAUGCUACUAAUAAUACUGCUGCUAUUCCUAGAUUGCAUGAAUUGUGUG